GAGAGAGAACAUUUAGUCAUUUUUUUUGACAAUUUUUUUAUCAUGGCGAUGUCCGACUUUCACCUUUCUCAAGCUCUGGCUGAUGGCUCAUCAGACUUUGAUGACAAGCCAGCUACCCCAGCUCACAUGGAGCAGGCUGCUCAGAAUAAACCCUUCAGGCUGGAGGAUGGGCUGGAGCUGGUGGUUUCUGACAACACAAAAUCCAUGCAAUAUGCCGCUACCCUGCUGUUGGCGGUGAACAGGUUGAAAAAGCCGCUGACUCGCUGCAGCAGGGAGUUAUGCAGCGCCAUCUUUAAUUGCCUGGUGGAGGAAACAAUUGUGAAGACGACCGUGAACUUCGGUGUGACGAACACAAGAUACAUCCGUUCCGACAGCGAGACUCAGUUCGCGCUGAGCGACAUUUCAAACAAAAGCAUCAUCCUCGACUUUGGAGUGAUGAAACUGCAGGCCGUCACUCUGAUGGGAGGCAACGAGGACUGCAGAGUGAAUUUUAAACUGUCAAAGUUCUACUCUUUUCCUCUGGUGAACUGUGAGACUGUCCUGCUCUCAAUCAACAAAUACAGCCUCUCCUCCACCAUGAACGGAGGGAAAGCCGAGCUUACUCUGGAGCUGUGUUCCGAGGAGAACCUGAGUAACAUCAACAACGACAAGAAAUUGCAACGUUUCCUUUUCUACAAGAAGGCCGAGGGAACACACAUGACCUUUGAGUCGGUCAGUUGCCCCGGCUGGUUCAUCAGCACCUAUGAAGAAGAACACCUGUCUGUGGAUAUGUGCUGUGGACGGGACGCACAACGUAACAGAAACUUCAUACAAAAUGACAAAAAGCUGCCAUGAUCCAGAACUAUGCUUAUUAUAAUGUAUUUAUCCUGUCUCACCACCAGAUGGUGCCAUAACCUGCAAAGUGUAUGUCUGUAGUUGUAGAGAUGACUCAUGACCUCUAGGAAAUAAACCCUGGACUCUGUACAGGAUCAUGUUUCAUUCUAGCAUGAAUUACUUUCACUGAUCUUUAUGCUGAUACAUUAAAAUCUCUUCACUUUUA